AAAUAACUUCCAAUAAGGGAGAUGUUUGACCACAACUUGCACAAUUAUCUCUCUCUAUUCUCUACUCUCUACUCUCAUCAGAGGUAAUAACAUCAUCUACAUAGUGAAAUGGAAAAUGGUUCUGCGGAACCCAAAAGGUUGGAAGGCAAAGUAGCCCUCAUCACAGGUGGAGCAAGUGGAAUUGGUGAGUACACAGCAAAAAGUUUCGUCAAACAUGGUGCUAAAGUCAUGAUUGCUGACAUUCAAGACGAGUUAGGCCAAAAUGUAUGCAACAACAUAGGUCAACAAUCAGCCUCAUACAUCCACUGUGAUGUAACCAUUGAAUCCCAUCUUCAAAAUGCUGUUGAUUCAACACUUUCCAUUUAUGGAAAGUUAGAUAUCAUGAUCAAUAAUGCAGGAUUUGGAGGUUUACAAUAUCCAAAUAUCCUUGACAACACCCAAUUUGAGUUUGAAAAAGUCAUGAAAGUCAACCUUGUGGGACCCUUUUUAGGAACUAAGCAUGCAGCUAGAGUUAUGAUGCCUGCUCAGAGAGGGAGUAUAAUUAAUAUGGGGAGUAUUUCAUGUAGUAUUGCUGGUGCAGCUUCACAUGCUUAUGUUAGUUCAAAGCAUGGUGUAUUAGGGCUUACAAAGAAUAGUGCUGUUGAGCUUGGGAAAUAUGGGAUUAGGGUUAAUUGUUUGUCAUCACAUGUGAUUUCUACCCCAAUGACAAGGGAUUUUUUUAAGUUAGAUGAUGAGGGUUUUUGUAAAGUGUAUUCUAAUAUUAAGGGGGCUAUGUGUACACUUGAAGAUGUUGCUCAAGCUGCUUUAUAUUUGGCUAGUGAUGAUUCUAAGUUUGUAAGUGGGCAUAAUCUUGUUGUGGAUGGUGGCUUUAGUGUUCUCAAUAGAGGAUUUUGUAUGUUUUGAAUUGAAUGACUAAUACAUAUAAGGGAUUGGUGGUUUAAGAGUUAUUUGUGCUUUGUUAGGUAGAAUGAUAAUAACAAUUACUAAAUAAUAACAAUGAGUACUAUGUAUUUCUAUUCACUUAUUGUAAGUUGUUUUCAAGUUAUAAAAUGCAAUGUUCUUUUGGUC